CCGGCCAUGACUCCGCAUCAAUCAGCUCCGGGCCAACUCACCCCACCCGCUGCGGCGGCUGCGCAGCCUUCUUUAUAAGGCCAGAUGCAGGCUGCUGCUGACAGUCUUUCUCUCCGUUAGCACUAGGGCCAACAUUUCUUCGUCCCUACCCUAUCCUAUGCUCUCCUACACAACUUCACCUACCUUCGACUUUGAUCGUUACGCAUGCGGCGACGUGCCCGCUCUUCCAAACUCAGUCCCCAAACCUAAUCCGCACAAGCUUUAUCGUGGAGGGCCUCUUGACUUGAAUGAUUCCGACAUUGCAGUUGACUCGGUGCAGCGGCAGGAGAUAGAGAAUCAGCAGGAGUGCGCCGACCGCGUCGCUGCUUGGAUUAGAUCGAGCGCAGUCCGAAUGACAUUCUUCGCCCCUACAUCCACUAUUCCAAUCCACUCUCAGCGGCCGGCCCACCGUUCCUCAAACGCAUCCAACCUCGAUCUCGAUUUGGACCUUGAAACAGACUUGGACCUCGACCUUGAUCUUGAUGAUACGACAUCUGCGCAGUUUUACGCACCGAUACCCAAGCCCUCGACUGCGCCCGCUACCGCUCCCCGCAGGAGGUCACGCCGGUGCCGGCGGCACCACCAUCGAAGCAUGGCCACUCCCCAUUCCUACUCACGCUCUCCCCCGGCGUCUCUCUAUCUCAUUCGGGAGGAAAUUGAAACCGAUGAGCGUAGACCUGAGGGAGCGCCUCCCAGCUUCGCUCCCCCAGUUGCGCUCGAAGAAUCAUUCGACAUCUCACAGGCGGUACCUUAG